AUGAACGCGCCUGUUCGUGCGUCUUUACGCACCGAGAAACUCUUAUUUCUUCUGCUCAGCGCCCUGUUCCGUGGCCGCAGUCCUCCGCCGCAGCUCCGCUCCGUCUCGCGCUUAAAGACAUCUGAUGUGCGUCGCUGGUUCGAAUCCCACCUGCGCGCAAAGUCUCUCCAGAGUCCUGUAUGAAGCGGAGGCGCGUCCACAUAGAUGGAAAUAAAUGAGUGACUAACUCAAGGGGGGCUGCGCACUUCUUUUUCCCGUGUUUUCGUCGUCCUGGGAUAAGAAACGGCCGCGGUGGAGGCGAGGGCUUCCAGUCCUGUGGGGGAUGUUAACGGACUGGCGGCGCGUUGAGGCUGAAGGAGCAUGGUGAAACACCAACCCUUACAGGUCUACGAGAAGCAGGUCUUUGUGUCCUUCGUCACUGGGAUCUAUGGUUGCCGCUGGAAACGAUACCAGCGCUCGCAAGACGACAGCUCCAGGUGGGAGUGCGCAUGGUUCAUCAUCUUGUGCACGUCGUUCCUGCUGCUUCUCCUCUGGACCUACUUCUGGCUGGUGGCCAAAAAUGACUUCAACGACUUCAACUGGUUGGUGUACAACCGAACCGGAGAGUGGCGGGACGAAACGCUCCCCAUCGUUGCCUCCACCACCGUGGGAUUCAGCUACAUAACCUUCUUACUGAUCUUGGCCCUUUUUCACAUUUCCCUGGGUCAGCAGCUGAACCUGUACUGGGUCCACAAGAUCGGAGUGUUGGCCACGCUGCUCACCACCGUCUCCGGGGUUGUUUCUGUGGACGACGUCUGGGGGGACGAGUGGGACAUCCUGCUGGUGUCUAUGCAGUCCACAGCCCCGUUCCUGCACAUCGGAGCCCUGGUAACAGUCACCGCUGUCAGCUGGCUGAUCGCCGGCUACGUGGUCCGCAGAGAGAGAUCCAACGUCCAGAUGCUGGUGCUGAUCGUCUACAUCCUGGUCCUGCUGGCUCUCUAUCUGGCGCCGCUCUCGUUCACCUGCCCCUGCAUCAUGGACCGAAACAGCCUCCGGCCGCGGCCGGCCAUCAUCGGCCGGCGGGGAGCGCCCAUGCUGGCUCCAGAAAACACCAUGGUGUCCUUUAACAGAGCCCUGCAGCACGGAGCCGGAUCCCUGGAGGCCGACGUCGCCAUCAGUGUGGACGGCGUUCCGUUCCUCAUGCGAGAUCGCACCUUGAGGCGGACCACAAACGUCAGCAGAGCCUUUCCAGGCCGGCAGCACGAAGACGCCUCCUUCUUCAACUGGACCGAGAUCCGCUCUCUGAAUGCAGGCCAGUGGUUUCUGCAGAGCGACCCCUACUGGACGGUGGACACCCUGACGGCGAAGGACCGGAGCCGCAUCGGGAGCCAGACGGUGUGCGGCCUGGUGGAGAUGCUCCGUCUGGCCUCCAGGACCAACAGCUCGGCGCUGCUCAGCGUCCGCCGGCCGCCGCCGGAGCACCCGCGCCACCGCAGCUGGUUCAUGGACACGCUGUGGGCCGUGCAGAAAGCAGGCAUCCCCCAGAAGAGGGUGAGGACUGUGACGUGGACCCCGGACACGGACCGGGGGAGGGUGAGGGGGCUGCAGCAGAGCGCCGGCGAGAAGCUGUCGGUGAAGGAGAUCAGGCAGAGAGGCAUCACCAGCCUGACCCUGCACUACAGCAAGAUCAGCCUCAAAGACAUACGAGAGUAUCAGGCCAACAAUGUGAGUGUGACUGUGUACCCAGUGAACGAGCCCUGGCUCUACUCCACCCUGUGGUGUAGCGGGGUGCCUUCUGUGUCCUCCGACGCCCCCCAAGUCCUCCGAAAGGUGCCUUACCCCAUCUGGCUCAUGAGCCGGAACGCUUACAGCUUCAUCUGGAUCUCCUCAGACCUGGUGUCUCUCGCCGUCGUCAUCGGAAUCUUCUGCUUCCAGAACUAUCAUAUGAUCAGGUGGAGGAUGAGCGGGAUGCAGACGUAUAACCCCGAGCAGAUCAUGCUGAGCGCCGUGACGCGACGCUCCAGCCGAGAAGUCAACGUCAUGAAGGAAAAACUCAUAUUUUCAGAACUGAACAACGGGCUGGGCAGCUCGGAGGAGCUCUCCCUCUAUCCGGAGAACGGGUACGCCAGGUACUCCCACGGGGGCCUCAGUCGCUGAAGGAAGCGCAGCUGGAACAUCUGGAACGUUCAGGAACUGAAAGACGCCCCCACGUGGUUUCCUCUGUCGCCGCCGUCGUUCCCUCCGUUUAGCGGAUGUUUUGGAGCUUUCAGGAGUGCAGGAUCAUUGAAGUGGAUGAAACAAGGCUUUGUUUGGAGUCCUUGGUUUGAGUGACCUUCUGUAAAGUCUGGGUUCUUGGGUGUUUAAUGGUUUCCUUACAGAAGAAACAGGCGAUGACUUGAUGUAAAUAUGUUUAUUGUGAACAUAUGAAGUGUGUUUUAUCGUGUCCUCUUCAGGGUGACAGAUUAGAGCAAACCUCGGUUCUGGCUGUGGGGUUUGUGGUGUUUGUGAUCUGUAUGGCUUCUGUAUGGAGAUCGUCUCCCUGCCUCUUCUCUGUCAUGCCAUGAUUGUUUCUCUUCAUAGUGAUAUUGACGACUUUCACGUGGCUGCCUUUUCCUUCCAUUCAUGGACUUGUUGAGCACUGUAGAGUAUUUCUGUCAAGUAGUUUUGUUACUAGAUGCAGUUUUGGAGAACAAGUUUAGCUGCGGACGUGUUGAAUGUUCAAUAAAAGGGAUUUUUUUUCUUGAA